AUGAAUUCAUUUCUUUUGAACAGAGCCCAAGGCUCUAUCAAACCUCUAGAUUUUCAUGUGGCUCAAACGUCUCAUUUGGUGCGACUUAUUGAGCCCUCCCCAAGACUUCGGUUCAUCAGCACGGUUGCGUCGAGCGGAAACCAUGAAGAGCCUCCCUUCGAUCAUGGGUUGAACGACGAAGUUGUCGCUCAUAAAGCGGGCGUGAAUGUUCUUGCUAUCGAUCAGUUGAAUGGUAGUAUGGUAUCGGGUGGUGCUGAUCCAUCACUUCACUUCUGGGAUCUUGAAAGUCGAGGUUCAGAGCUUGAUUUUCUCUAUAGACCUAUUGCAUCUAUUGACAGAGCAUCGCAUGAAUCCGUCCACACGCGCGCAAUAACAUCGAUAUCGUUUUACCCAUUUGAUCCAACCCCGUCAACAGUAUUGUCAACAUCACGCGACAAUACCCUUAAACUUUCGGCCAUCGCGCCAGGAGAGAUCGUACCUGCACACACAUUUCAUUUGCACGCCACGCCGUAUUCCCAUUCGCUUUCAUCACAUCCAGCGUCAACACUGCUAACUGCAGUCGGCACCUCGGACAGAUCGGUUCGUCUUCUCGACUUGCGCAGCGGUUUGGCAACUCAUACCCUCCCCGGGCACGAUGCAGCUGUCUUAUCGGUGGCUUGGGCACCGCACAAACCUCAUAUCCUCGCAUCGGCGUCCGCGGAUAAUCGAGUCUUUAUUUUCGACGUUCGCCGAGCUGGUACGAGUUCCGCCAUUGCAACCUUGGACAUGGAUGAUUCUGUAGGCGUGGUUACACAAGGUCAUUCAUCCCGAUCUAAUGCUAGGCAUAAUACCACCAUUCGUCAAGGGCGUGCCCAUAAUGGUGCUGUGACCGGAGUAAGAUGGACUUCGAACGGCAGUCAUAUAAUCACUGCAGGCCAGGAUUCACGACUACGAGUUUGGAAUGCAACUACAGGGGCCAAUACGCUCGUACACUUUGGGCCCAGACUUCGAAAUAGUAUGUCUUCGCAUCUAGCUGAAAGGGUGCCACUUAUUUUGCCAAACGAUCUCAUUCAGUCUGGCUGUGAGACUCUUUUAUGGCCAAAUUUCAACGAUCAGGAUGACCGCGGUGAAAUACUUUUGUUAGAGAUGCGAGAAGGGACAUUUGUUAAACAGUUGAAGGUUCCAGGCUUGAUGUCAGCUACACGCCGGCAACAGGUCGGGAAAUCGAGUGCUCUCAGUGCCGGAAGAAUCAACGCUUUAGCUUGGCGGGGCAACGGAGGAUCUGGCGAGGGUCUGGAACUUUUCUCUGCCCAUGGUGAUGGGACUAUUCGCACUUGGGUGUCACGCGUCCCUGAAGAAGGGCUAGACCAGGAGGAAGAAAACGAACUGGAGGAUAGGAAGCGCAAACGCGACGUACUCGAAGAGAUCUAUCAAGGCCUCACAAGUUCUUCUGUGACCUUUACAUAA